UGAUGAUAGAAGAAGAGGGACAACAAAUAAAGAGUUAAUUGGAAUAUUAAUUGAUAGAAGCAAUUCUAGACUCGUUAUAGAAUCACAUGGAAUAGAAUGCUAUCUUUUUGGGUAAAGAGUGUUGAGUUCAAAUUUCAAUAGCUGAGAGAUUGGUAUAUGAAAGAGAUACAGAAGAGCAUAGAUCAUUAUUGGCAGAAUGUUAUUUACAUGAGAAUCAACCUUAUAAGGUAUGCCAUAUAUUGAAGGAAUGCAAAUCAGAGUAUAAUCGGUAUAUGAAAAUAUUUAAUAGGAACAUAGUUAUUAAUUGGCUGUUGCAUGGUUCAGAAGCAAAAAAUAUAAGGAAGCUGAGACUGCAUUAAUUGGACCUUAAUUUAGUAAUCAAUUCGCAUUAUAGACAACAAAUAUACCAAAUGGAGGUUUUGGUCAUUUCUUGUUAGGAUAAAUUUAUGAAUAAAUGCAUAGAUUAGAUGAUGCUAAAAUUUCAUAUUAUAAGGCUUUGGAUUAGAAUCCAACUCUUUGGAUGGCUUUUGAAAGAUUAUCCAAGAUUGGUGAACCAGUCACAAUAAAUAAAGUGUUUAUUGAACAAAAACAAAAACAAUAUGAAACAAGUAGAUAAUAGAGUUGUAACAUUUACAAAAUAAUUGGUAACUUACUUAAAAGCAAAUCAAAUAUUGGUAAAUCAGGUUCAAAAGAAAUUGAAGAUGUUAAAGAGGAAUCUUUAAUAAUUGAUAAUGUAAUUUAAAAUUAAUCUAUAAGCAAUUGGCAAAUAAAAGAUUAACACAAGGAGUGAAACCAUUUUCAACAACUGGAGUAUAGACUUAAAUAAUUCAUUUAGAUGAUUCAUCAAAUAGUUAAAUGAAAUUUUCCUGUAAAUAUGAUAAUAUUUUAAGAACCUUAAUAAAAGAAGAUUGGAGCUAAGAUAAUUCCAACUCCUGGAAUUGGAUUAUAAAAUUAUCAGUCUCUAUUAAGUUAACCAUUUCAGUUAUUAUAAAAUCAAAAUAAGAAUUACAAUACAAAAAAGAGUGAUAUAUAGAAAGUUAGUAGUGCAGCUCUUUAAUCAUCACCUAGUUUAAUAAAGUAUUGAAAUUAUUCUACUGGAAGCUUACCUCAAUUAUUAAAAUUAUUUGCUCAUCCAUAUCAAUUAUGGACUAACUAUUCAGUUGAUUCAAUAGCAAAUUUUUAAAAAUUACCUCCUUAACAUUAUAGAUCAGGAUGGGUGUUAGAGAAAGUUGCCAGAAGCUUUAUGGAUUAAGUCAAAUAUACAGAUGCUGAAAGAGUUUGGAAAGAAAUGAGAUAAAUUGAGCCAACUCGAUUAGAAGGAAUGGAUUAUUAUUCAUCUUGUUUAUGGCAUUUAAAGAAAUAAUCAGAAUUAACAUAUUUAGCACAUUCUUGUUUAUAAAUUUCUAUGUAAGCACCUGAAACAUGGAUUGCAAUUGGAAAUUGUUUUAGUUUAAUUAAAGAAAUUGAUAAUUCAAUCAAAUUCUUUGGAAGAGCCAUUCAAUUGAGAAAAGAUUAUUCAUAUGCUUACACUUUGUCUGGACAUGAAUUUUCAUAGAAUGAGAAUUUUCAAUAAGCAAAAAAAUCAUAUGAAGCUGCAACCUCACUAGAUUAAAGAUAAUAUAAUGCUUGGUGGGGUUAAGGUAAUAUGUAUUAUAAGACGGAUAAAUAUGAUGAUGCUAUUAAGUGUUUUAUUUAAGCCAUCAGAAUAAAUCCUAAUAAUCCUGUUUUACCAACAUUUUUAGCUAUGAGUUAUGCAGCCAAAGGUGAACAUAAUGAAGCUUUGAAAUAUUUUGAAUAAAGUGAAAAAUUAGAUCCUAUGAAUGGACUUAAUAAAUACUAGAAAGUAUUAUGGAUUUUAUUAAUAGGCAAAUUCAUUAAUUAAAUUAGAUUUAUAUUAAUAAGCUUUAAGUGAAUUGUAAUGUUUAAGUUAAAUUAUUCCCAAAGAAGCUGCCAUUUAUAUACUUAUGGGACGUAUAUUAAAAAAAUUGAAUAGAAUUCAAGAAGCAUAAAAGUGAUAUUAAAUAUUUUUAUGCUUUUUUAGUUGUUUCAAUAUGGCUAUGUCACUUGAUAUGAAAGAUUAGGCAAAGAUUAAAGGGCUGAUGGAAAGUCUGAGCAAUCCCAACAGCGAAUUCAACGAUGAUUUUGAUUUAUGAC